AUCUCGAAGGAAUCCAAGUGAAAAAAUUUGGAACUGCAGCAAUCAGAAUGGCCACACGCUUCAGCUCAUCAUCAAAUAGUGUUCGCUCUACAGAGUCUAUCUACAGCUCUGCAAAGCAAGAAAUGGAAGAACAUAGCGAGCUUAAAGAUCUCCCCUCCAAGAACCGCAUGGCCAAACAGGGAGGGAGGAACAACCAACACGCUCAGCCCUUUAAUCUUCACACUGAGCAAAGAGGACACAGGAAGGAACAAGAGUUUGUAAAAAGAGUGAAAGAAAGGGUUAUCGAAGAGGCUAGACGAAGGAUUCCCAUCGCACAAGGUCUUCCAUUCACGACGGAUAAACCACAGUUUCUGAAAAAUCUUCCUGUUUGGCCACAGAAUCUUGCAAAACCAGUAGUGAAAGAGCAGACCAAGCCGAGGAACAUCAGGCUUCACACAGAGCAAAGAGCAGCUCAGCGUGCAGGCUACAACCACCUGGUUGCAAGCAAGAUCAACUCCCUGCAAAUCCUCAGGAGGUUCGAAGAAAAGCUUCUCAAGCACAUCGAAGAAGAGGAGAUAAAGAGCAUGAGAAGGGAGAUGGUCCCAAAGGCACAACUCAUGCCGAAAUUCGACAAGCCAUUCUUCCCUCAAAGAUCAACAAGACCUCUGACAGUCCCAAGGGAGCCUUGCUUUCAUCUUGUGAAACCAAGUUACAGCAUCACGAGUGGCCAACCUUACAAACUUCACUUCACAAGUAUCUGAACCAAACUAUGAAGCCUAUCUAGCAAUUUCACCAUAUGGAGUUUUUUUGUUUUGUUUUGUUUAUGGUGCUGUGAAAAUGAUUCAAAGGUAUAUGGAAACAGUUGGUGUGUUUCUUUUUCUUUUUUUUUUUUUUCUUUUUUGAUGUUUGUAUUUUGAAGAAAAACCUUGGUGCAAAAGUAAAAUUAUUAUCAUGUAACUUGACUUGAUGGUCACAUGU